AUGCUAGGAAAUAAGGACAGCGUAAAAAAGGCACUUGCUUCAGGCACAUCUUCCAAGCCCAAAAAGGUGACGCGGCCCCUCCAUGAAGAGCUGGACAAGUCGGUGCAUGCGUGGUGUGUUGAAGUAAGAGGCAAGAACGUCCUCCUCAAUGGAAGCAUCGUCCAGCAAAAAGCCUUGAACCACGCCUGCCUACUCGGCAUUGACGAUUUUAAAGCCAGCGUUGGCUGGCUGAACUGUUUCAAGGUCCUCCAUAACAUCAUCGGAAAAGUGUUGUGCAGCAAAUCGAUGUCCGCAGACGUUGACGGAGCUUUGAAGGUGAGCAAUGUGGCCGGCAUUUUAGGCAACUUCACGCCGGCAGACAUCUACAAUGCCAAUGAGACUGGGCUAUUCUACGAGAUGUUGCCGGCCAGGAUGCUCGACAUUAAGGGGCAGCGCUGUCACGGGGGCAAACAGCAAAAAAUUUGUGACGGUGCUGCUUUGCACAAACAUGGAUGGCUCCGACAAGCGUCCUCCAUUAGUCAUUGGAAAAGUGCCAAGCCACACUGUUUCAAGGGAUCCCAUAGCCUACCUGUGCAGUACAAGGCGAACAACAAGUCAUGGACAACCCGCGCUAUUUUCACAGAGUGGGUGGUGGCAUUAGACUGCAACAUGAAGCGGCAGGACCAUAAAGUUUGCUUGCUUCUGGACAAUUGUUCAGACCAUCACUCCGAAGAAGUCAAGCUCACUAACACGGAGCUGAUGUUUUCCCCUACAAAUUGCACAUCUGUCCUACACCCUCUCGACCAGGGUGUGAUUCUGAGCCUGAAGCGCGCUUACCGCGGGAGGUUAAUUCAGCGGCUGCUCUUCAACAGUAAAACCGGCCAAGACACGAAGGUGGACAUGUACGUGGCACUGCAAAUUAUGUCUGCUGCCUGGAACACACUGGGUCACUCAAUCAUUGCAAACUGUUUUAGGCACCCGGAUUUGCCGAAGAUCUAUGCUUAG